CCUCGGCCGUAGUGUGACUGCUUGACACCCGCCUGCUGUUUCUGCUGUCGUCACACUAAAACAACCUUAGAUGUAGCCAUUAUGUCUGGUGACAGGGAUUAUAUCGGCUUUGCAACACUACCGGAACAAGUGCACCGAAAAUCAGUGAAAAGAGGGUUCGAAUUUACUUUGAUGGUUUUGGGUGAGACCGGUCUUGGCAAGUCGACACUAAUAAACAGCCUCUUUCUGGGGGAUCUUUAUAAAGAUCGGCGAAUUCCGGAAGUGGCAGAACGCGUGGCUAAGACUACCUCUAUCGAAAAGAAGACGAUGGAUAUAGAGGAGCGUGGUGUUCGGCUCCGUCUGACAAUCGUAGACACUCCAGGAUUUGGUGAUGCGGUCAAUUGCGAGGAUACGUGGAAAGCAUGUUCAGCUUACAUUGACGAACAAUUUCGUCAAUAUUUUACGGAUGAAAGCGGCUUAAAUAGAAAAAAUAUUCAAGACAAUAGGGUUCAUUGUUGUCUGUAUUUUAUACCACCUUAUGGCCAUGGUCUCAGACAAUUAGAUCUCGAAGUAUUACGACGUUUACAUCGGAAAGUUAAUGUUGUUCCUGUAAUAGCAAAAGCAGAUACUUUAACUACUCAAGAAGUGAAAAAGCUGAAAGAACGUAUUUUACAAGAUAUUGAGGAGCACGAAAUUCAGAUAUAUCAAUUUCCGGAUUGCGAUAGUGACGAAGAUGAGGAAUUCAAACAGCAGGAUAAAGAGUUAAAAGCUUGCAUACCGUUUGCAGUCGUCGGCAGUUCGACAGUUCUGGAAGUUGCGGGAAGAAAAGUUCGCGGUCGUCAAUAUCCGUGGGGCGUAGUAGAAGUCGAGAACCCGAAGCACAGUGACUUCGUCAAACUAAGGACAAUGCUAAUAUCGACGCAUAUGCAAGAUCUAAAGGACGUCACGCAGGACGUUCACUACGAGAAUUUUCGGGCCCAAUGUAUUUCACAAAUUUCGCAGCAAGCGAUCCGGGAACGGAGGUAUUUACGCAUUAAACUUAAAAGAGAUUCUGGACCACACUUUGAGAACAGUAUAUCCGACACAGACAGACUUCUUUUGCAGAAAGAUGAAGAGGUAAGAGAUGUGUAUAUUAAAUUAUCCGCAUUGCUACCCAUUAACUUAUGUUUGUGGUUUACAGAUACGCAGGAUGCAAGAUAUUCUGGCGCAGAUGCAAGAAAAGCUCAAAGCAACCGGUCAAGUCGGCGGUGGGGUCGGAUUGAGAGGUCGUGUGGGCAGCCUUGGCAAUGAUUUGGAUUCUGCGGAUGUGGAGAAGAAACGAAACAGUAUUAUAGAUGUUUAGAUGCGUAUUUUCUUUUCUGAAAUAUAUUCAGAAUAUAAGAUUUCUCUUUUUCUUCGGGAGGUCUGUACAUAAUUCGUUCAAUUUCUUGCGUCUCUUUUUACAGACUAUUAAAUUUUCGAAGCCAGAGAACUUCUCACCAAGUCACAGCACGAUACAAGUUUGUCAUUAUAACAAUUUUUAACACGUUGAAUGUCGGAAGUCAUCCGUGACCGGCGCUGCCAUAAGCAUCACAUUAUAAACAAUUCCUUCCGGCGCCUUGUGUGUGUGUGAGCAAAUCAUAUAAAAUUGGUCCGGCAUUCAACAUGUUAAAUUAUUAUGUAUUUAUAUAAUAAAAAUAUUUUUAAACAAUCAGUUAUUGUUACAAAGCUAAAAAAAUUUGUUUAUUUGCUUACUAAUAAAGUGAAAGUAGGGUUAAAGAUUAUUUUUGUUUUGUUAUGUACGUGCUAUUACAAAACAAGAUAUAUAAAAUAAACUACAGCUGCCAAAAAUUAACAAGUGCUUUCUCGCCAAAUGUUCAAUCAAAUCGAGGUUGUACAGAUCUGUCGAUUACACUUUGCGAUAGGUAAACGUCAAAAUCUAUUUUGUAUAGUUUCUCUUAUAAAAAAUAUAUAUAUAAUCUAUAAUAUGUAUUAUUAUAUCAACAAUAUACAUGUGCGUAAUCUACAUAAUUGUGAAAUAUGUAUAAUAACAAGUGUUCGUUGCAAGACUAAUGUAUAACAAAAUAUAAUCGCACAUGCACUGACAUCAAUAAAAUAUCUACUAAUUAUUUAAUUAGUUUUUUGUCUAGUCUUUUAAAACGACAAUUAUGGUAUCAAAUAUAUGUCAAUGAACCGUGAAAGAUAUAAUAAGUAGUUAUAAUUAACGCUAUAUAAUACGCACAAAAUAUAAUUAUGCGAUUAUGUAAGAUUAUAUAUAUAUUAUAAUGUACGCGAGAAAUUGUAGAAGAAACAAACACAUAUGUUUCUACAGUAAGUAUUGCUAAAGAAAACACUGUGUAGAUGUUUUAUAAAUAAAUAUAAUAAUAUCGACCAUAAAAGU